AUGCUUUCGUAUAUCUACGGCCGCCUGGUGGGCGCGUCGGCGCACCAGGCCAUCCCCAUCGAGCCCGUUGAGGUGCACCGAAUAGAGACAGCCCCAGAGAAACGCCCCCGAACGCUCAAGCACCUGCUCCGCGCAAACCACACCAACAAUGCAAUCCUCUACAACUCAUUACGGUUCCACAACCACCUGCCACACAUCCUUGGCUCCGCGUACCUCCUUGGCGCCUCUCCCGACCAGCUGCACAACAUCUACGACGUCGAGUCCAAGGAGCUCGAGCCCUGGUCCGACAGCCCGGCUGAAAUAGUCCAGGAUGACUGGCGUGACUUUCUCGGCGACAGGCAUUACCAGAGGGCUUACAUCGACUUCUUCGAGGACCAGCUGGUCGGCAGGCGCCUGGGCACCCAGUCGUGGGACUGGACCAAGGUCGUCAACGACUACGUGUGGGGGGCCCUGGACGGCGGCCCGCCGCUGGGCAACAACCUUGUGGCAGGCCUGGGCCAUCCCUUGAUACAUCUGGGCUACGCCUACGAGCUGGACAAUAAGGAACUCGCCAUAGAGGCGCUGGCCAUGGCGGCUACGCAGUACGAUUUCAUGCACAAGUACAUCGACGACCCAAAAUACACCCGGCCACCGCCAAAGGGGGGCUUUAUCUCGACGUCGCCCAUCGAGAUCCUCGAGAAGGUCAGGGGCGACAAGAGGUUCGACGGGCUGUUCGACAAGGGCCAGGGCUUUGACAACAUCGAGGUCCUUUUUGACAAGCACGAGGACCUGGUGCUUGAGUACUGGAACGCGUGGGAUGUGGGCAGCGAUCCGCUCAAGCGUUUCAAGGAGAGCCAGGAGGCUGCCACGGCGCUACUGGUGGCGACAGUGCCGCCGGGGGCACAUUCAUACAACUUCCUGGUGGUGCACCUACUCACGACCAGCCACGCCGUGCGCAUCCUGCUGCCGCUGAUCCCAGCCAGGUUCCAUAUCCCACUGGUGCGGCAGUGGUGGCUGUUCACGGUGUCGACGUACAUCGCGGAGCUGAGGCCCAAGAUCGACCCGGACUACGUGCCCUGGCCGGAGGGAUCCUCGCAAAAGGGCUGGGCUUACGUUGAGGACAAGGCCCUCAACGGACAGUAUGCCACAGAUGCUCACUUCGUCAAGGCGGUAAGAGCGAUGAAGGAGGCGGCAAGGACCUGGGGGGAUGUUCACGAGCGGUAUCUGGCCUCGGCUGUGCGGUUUGUGGAUGACUUCCGGGGCUGGACGUUCUCAUGA